AUGAAAAAUACAAAAAAAAUCCGUAGACGAAGAACCCUACAUCGAUUUGGAGCGCCGCUGCCGGAAUUUUGUUUACUAACGCAACAGCGCCCGUCGGAAUCUUUCCGGCGGUUGCUCCACUUCACCGCCACUGUCGUCGGUAUCUUCCACAUUCCCACCACCACAACUAUCGCCGGUUCCUCCCACUCCACCGUCACUGUCGCCGGUUUCUCCCAAUCCACUCCACCGACACUUGUAAUCAGGUAUAUCGUUCACAACUUCGAAAAUUGUUUGAGAGGUUUGUUCAAACUUCAACCUGACGAGAUGUCACAGAAUAGAGAAUGGAUGUACACAAUGAGACUCACUAAGGAUGGUCGUUUCAAUUCUGGAUUUGGACAAUAUGUCCAUGAUUUCUUGGAAUUUGCUUACACCAAUGCAACAAACAUUAAACCUAUCAUUCAAGAGGGGAUGGAGGUUUUUCAAAUUAGAUGUCCAUGUUGGAAAUGUAAAAAUCGUGAUUACAAUACGAGAGAGAUAGUUGCGCAACAUCUAUAUGAUGUUGGAUUCGUGAAAGAUUAUUCAAUAUGGCAUGCACAUGGCGAAUUAUAUCCAACACAAGAAAUUGGUCAAUCUUCGAACCCAAUACCAUCUCAAGUCAUGGCUCAAGAAAUUAAUAACCAUGUUGGUGAUUUUCCUAGAUACCAACAAAUGGUUAUUGAAAGCAUGUACGGGCCUGAGGUUCCUUAUUAUCAGCAAGGACCACAACACCCAAAUCAAUCGGCCCAAACUUUCUUUAAACUGGUGAACCAAGCGAAUGAGCCAUUGUGGGACGGGUCUCUAAAAGCAUCCACACUCUCUACCACUACCAGAUUAUUGAAUUGGAAAUCUGAGUGUAAUGUUUCAGACUCGUCAUUUGAUAGACUACUUCCGAUAAUCAAAGACAGUCUACCAACAGGUGCGAAGCUUCCUGAUAACUUCUACGAGACCAAGAAAAUGUUAAAGCCAUUAAAGUUACCUUCACAACGAAUCCAUGUGUGUAAAAACCAUUGCAUGCUAUUCAAUGGACAUCAUUCUAAUUUGGAUCAUUGUUUAGUAUGUAAUGAAUGUAGAUACACAAAAAUUGGUGGCAAGGUUCCUAAUCUAGUCAUGACUUAUAUGCCAAUUGGACCGAGACUUCAAAGGAAGUUGGGCUUAAUAAAAAGAAGAAUUAGAAACAAAGCAAGGGUUGAGGGUUCAAUCAUCAAUGAACAUCUAGUGAAUGAACUCGCUACCUAUUGUUCUUUAUAUUUUGCACCUACGAUUGAGACACGUCAUAAUCGAGAGCCGCGUAAUUUCGCACCGCAACAUCACAACUCUUUGAGUGAACAACCUCCACUAAGUGUGUUUGCUUUACCAUCAAGAAGAAGUUACCCUUACAUCCAAGAGUUUGAUGAAGUUGCUCCACGAAUGUAUCAGGGCGAACAAGUUGCGAGUCUCAGAGAUAAAUACUUUGCUCAAUGGUUUGAGCAAAAAGUAAGGCUAAACUCAGAUGGAAGUGCUAAACAUCUAGAAGCCUUAGCACGAAAACCAGAGCAGUAUGAUGAGUAUCAUAACGGAUACUUUGUAAAUGAGUCAGAUUACUACGGCUUAGUGGAUGAGAUACUAGAGAUUAAGUAUUAUGGCAUCGGACCCUCGACUGUUGUACUGUUCAAAUGCACUUGGUUUGAUAACAACAACGGUGUAAUCGUUAACAAAAAUAAGAUGGUUGAUGUCAAAUACAAGUCUCGACUUCAAACGAACGACCCUUUUUGCUUGGCAUCACAAGCGGAACAAGUAUUUUAUACACCAUACCCUGCAAUGACUAGGGAAACAAAAGAUUUGUGGGCGGUUGUCAAAACAAAACCAAGAGGGGUAUUUGAAGUCACCCAAGAUGAAAUUGAUGCAGACGGGUUCUUUCAGAUUGAUGAGCGGUUUGAAUUACCAAAUGAACGUGGGAUCUCAACAUCUCAACAGGAUCAACAUGAGGAACAACUUGAAGACGAAGAUGAUAUAGAGGAUAACGGAAAUGAACUUGUUUAUUCUGAUGACGGUUCUGAUUAUGAUGAGGAGUGA